AUGUUAGAAAUUCAGUCUAUCAAUGUUGAUCAGAGCUUCGAUCGACACGAAGACGGUAGAGUACAAGGUCAAGCUCCGGAACUCUUGUUUAGCGAGUACACGACUAUUUAUGAGAAACAUCGCUUCAACAUUCUUAUCAACAUGCGGACUAUGCGAUCUUUUUUGAUGAUCUUAUCGGCCGGCCUUGUGCUUUGGACUCUAACGUUCACCUUUCGCAUACAAAGUGAACGUCGCUUCUCAAUUUCGUCUCACUCACCAGCACCUGGAGAUGGUUCUGUCACCCUUGGUGCAUAUGUGCCUCCAUUCUCCGGCGCCUUUGCUACGAUUCCAAGAGUUUCAGAACUUUCACCUGCGCAAAAAAGGCUGACCGUCAUUGUCGCAUGGAAUGCAGAUCAGGCUCCAUCAUAUCUGCGGCAUUUCUUCUACACUAUUCAGCUCAACUCAGAUGUCAUUGAUUUACUAUUCAUCAAUCGCGUGCAAAAGGAGGAUGACCCUUGCCUCGAUUUCGAGAAAGCUGGAAUAAACGUCACUUGGGGUGGCAACGUCAAGAUUCAUUGCUUGAACGACAAGGAGUGGAAACGGCGCCACGUAGAUUUCCUCUGCUCAUCGGGACAUGGAUGGAAUUGCACCCCUACUGAGUACGAUGAAGUAGCCCAGGAGUUUGAGACGAGAGAGGAUAAAAAGAACUUCAAUUGGAGACCGUUACGUGGAAAUGUGUUCAACGACCUUCUCCCACAGCCUACAAACUCCUUCUGGGCCUGGAUGGACCUUGACACUUUUGCGGGCGAUUUCAGACGUUAUCCUUUCAAUAUCCUCUCCCGGCUGUCCUUACUCACAUCAACAGGGGAAUUCCCUCUGAUUUAUCUUGGAGGCCAGUUGACAGCUUUCAAUCUCGAAGAUGAGGAUCUCGCCGCCGCCUGGAAAAACUUCCCAGAAAUGAAAAGUCCGGAACAUUUCACGAAGUAUUUGAAGGGCAAGAUGCCUGAAUCUUCUGAAGAGCGUUAUUGGAGUUACGGCUAUCUAAGAUCGGACGAAAAUCUUCCCGGAUCCCGACUGUCUUAUGGCGUGUACUAUGAUCUUCAUGGGGAUGAUUUUUUCGAUGGUCAGUGGUUCAAGAAGAACGCGAGUGAGACAUAUGUUAUAUCAGGGAGAGAUAUCUUAUUAGUUUCAACGAAUUAUACUCGGAAGGAGAUUGAAGGCCUUGUUCAGUUGGAAAGAAAUGAGCCCCUGGAUGAUCUUGGGGGCUUGGGAUGGACUGGUGGCUUAGAAGGCUCCUCCUAUCUUGUCAAAAAUCCAGACAUCAACGGUGCCGAAGCCAAACGUCUCGCGCUGUCAAACACCACAACGCUUAAUACAAUGAACAAUGUUCAUCGAGGCUUUAUCGAAGACCAACUACUGAGGGUUGAAAAUUGUUCGGCGUCACCACAUUGGAGAGUGUGUUUUGAGCCUCAUUCUCUCACAACAGCAGGUAUUCCAGCUCUGCGAACGACUCUGGUGCACUUCAAAAACCAAGAGCCUGACCAUGUUUUGGUACGACUGGAAAAAGAUCAAAGACCAAGAGGCUAUGAAAGGAAACUGCUUAAGCAUCAUCUCCGAUCAAAAGCACAAAAGUGGUACGCUUUCCCACCAUUUGACAUUACAGAGGACUUGGUACUUAGGAUGAACUUCGACUCCGUUGAGGUGUUUAGAAUGGGUGAAGAUCGGGACGAAACUCUGUUCUUCCGCAAACAAGGAAGGCCCAGCAUUGGAUAG